UUAGAAUAUUACAGUUCUUAUCUCUUAUUAGUAAAUAUAUGUAAAAGUGAAUGUUCAUUGAAUAUAUUUUAAAAAAUGUCUAAGCUUAUUUUUUAUGACUUACUGCAGAUAUUCAAAAGUAGUGUAUCAGCUGUUCUACCUGAAAAUCUUAUCAAAAAAUCUCUCAAUUAUAGUCCUAUUACACAAAAGUUAUCAAUAGGUUGUGAAAAUUAUAACCUAGAAAAUAAAAAUGUUUAUGUCAUUGGUGCAGGAAAGGCUGUACAAAACAUGGCCAUUGAAGUGGAAAAUAUAUUAAAUUCUAAAAUUAAACAAGGUAUUAUAAGUAUACCAGUAGGAAGCUUAAAAACUAAGCAAACAGAAAAUAAUGACAUACAAUUUCUUGAAGGAGCUAAAGAUAAUUUGCCUGAUGAAAAGGCUAUAAUAACAACCAGAAAAAUAAAAGAUUUAGUUUCAAAAUUAACCCACAAUGAUUUUUUAUUAGUUUUGCUAUCAGGCGGUGGAUCGGCACUAUUAUCAUUACCUAAGGAGCCAAUUACUUUGCAAGAAAAAACAAUAUUAAUAAAGAAGUUGGCAAACUCAGGUGCUGAUAUUAAAGAACUUAACACAGUAAGGAAAUGGAUCUCUGAUAUAAAAGGAGGCCAAUUAGCCAUGUAUGCUCAACCUGCACAAAUUGUGACCUUAAUACUAUCUGAUGUUGUUGGUGACCCUAUAGAUAUGAUAGCGAGUGGACCUACUGUUCUUCAUGAUGAUAACCCCAUGGAAGCAAUUAAUAUAAUUAAGAAUUUCAAAUUAUAUAAUGAUAUUCCCCUAUCAAUUAAAACACUUUUAGAAGAAAAAAAUCAUACAAAAACAUUUCCAAAUGACAAAGUUAAAAAUAUUAUUUUAGGGUCAAACAAAUUGAGUAUAAAAGCAGCUACAUCAAAGGCUUACGAAUUAAAUUAUUUACCUAUUGAACUAUCUAAUAUAGUAACUGGUAAUGUAGGGGAUUUAGUUCAAGAAUAUGUGAACUUGGUCAAAAUAUUUUGUGAUUUUAGAAAUGGAAAUGAUAACAUCAACAACUUGCAGAGUCAAUUGAAAGCCUUAAACAUACCAGGCUUCAAUUUGAAUUUUGCUGAAAACACUAAUGAAGUAAGUUCAAUUAGGACAAAAGAUUUAUGUUUAAUACUUGGAGGGGAAACAACGGUCAAGGUUAAUGGGUCGGGUUUGGGUGGUAGGAAUCAACAGUUAGCUUUGGAAUUUUCGAAAGCUUUGAGCUCUUCAAGUAAUGAAUUAAAGGAUCACGAAAUAUAUUUUCUAAGUGCCGGAACUGAUGGUAUUGAUGGACCUACCGAUGCUGCAGGUGCUAUUGGACAUUUAAAUCUGAUUUCUGAAUGUAAGGAAGCUAAUAUUGAUGUUGAUAUAUAUAUAAAUAAUAAUGAUUCCUACAAUUUUUAUAAAAAAUUUAAUAGGGGUGAACUACAUGUAGUUAUAGGGCAUACAAACACUAAUGUGAUGGAUAUACACUUAAUCAUAAUAAAAAAAGUAUGUAAAUCAACAUAAUUUAAUAGACUACAAUUACAUACACAUAUUUUUAUAAUGAUGGUUUAAGAAAGAGAUUAAGUUUAUUCUCUUUCUCUUUUUCUUGUUUUAAUUUUGUAGCUGCAAUUACUGCUGUUUGACAGAGGCCAGCAAAUUUGUCCUUUUUUUUCUUGCUAUUUUUUAUUAUCUUUGCCUUAACUUUUACGCUACUUGGUAAGGUGUUUUUCUGUUUAUUUAAAGAAAAUGCUAUUUUGGAUUUACAAUAUACUUCCGACUGGAGCUUCUCGUCAAUUUUUAAUUUUUUAAAUUUUACCUUUUUAAUUUUAGGCUUUACUAGAUCCUCAGACAUUUCAUCAUUUUCAUCCUCUAUUAGUUUUUUUGUUUUACUGGGUUUCAAUAUAGGAAUUUUUAUACUUUUGUUACAAAAUGAACAGAUAUUUUCCUGCAAAGUUUAAUUAGUGCAAUAUAUUCAAUAAGAAAAAUUAUGUGUACAUUAUUCUAAUCCAAUUUUAAUCAAAUAAUAAGUAAUUCUGAAAUUAUCUUGUCUUCUUAUGUUUUAUGCUUGUAUAUUUCUAUACAAAUAGGAUUAGCAUUAAUUAUAUUCAUAAAACUUACCAUUUCAUUGCUAUAAAGCAAACAUUCUCUUUUAUAUGGUGCCUUAUUUUUAACAUUACAUCGAAUUCUUUUUCUUUGCCGUUUACUUAAUUUAAAAGGUCUUAUCUGAAACAUUGUAACAUAUGAAUGGAGUGUGAUGGUUUAAGCUGCUGGAUAGGAUGUUGCAUUUCAAAAACAUAAUAUUGACAAAUCUGAUAUCCUCAACAGCAAUCAAGGUGUAUGAAAUGUUGCAUAAUAAUUAAUCAUGAACAUUAAAUAAUUUUAAAAGCUUUAAAAUUUUUAUGUUAUAGAAUGUAGCAGAACUACAUAGUCACAUCAAAUAGAAUAUAAACAUGCAGUGCAUUAAUAAACAAAUUAGGUUUUAGUAGUAUAGUAUUUGUGUUAAAAUUACCUUUGUUUGAGACUUACUGCCCCACUCAAGACAACAAUAUGAACAUCUACUUUUUUCAGAAAACGUCUUUUUAGGUAAUCCAUAACCUCUAGUCAUUUCUUUACAUCGCAUUCUGUUGAAAAUAUUUACAAGUUAUUAAUUAUUUAUGAGUUUUAUUACAUUCUUUUUUUUUCUACAAGGAUUAUACUCACAAAUAAUAACUUCUCAACUUAUCAUAACUGUCGUUUAUUUCUUUUUGAGCAAUUACUGAGGCCGCAUUAAAUAGGAAACCAAUAUGCUCUUCAGUCAUUGUAAAUGAAGAUAAAAUUAUAUUUUGUUAAUAAAUUUCUACAACCUUAAAAUUAUGUAUAUUUGUUAUUAAAUAAAAAUAUUUUCGUAA